UCAUAGAUCACAACAAACGCGUUUGGGUCCAGUGCGCAAUGGAGAGAUCCGUCAGAUCCGUGUUGGUGUUCGUGGCUGUUUCCAUCCUCAUCUCCAGCCAUCCUACAGACGCCUGGUACAAGCAGUCCACCGGGCCGAGCUACUAUUCCGUCGGGAGAGCCUCGGGUUUGCUGUCCGGGAUCCGGAGGUCGCCGUAUGUGCGCAGAUCUGAGACAGAAUCAGCGCUGGACAGCAGCGAGACCCCCGACGUCUCCAACAGCGCGAUGCCCGACUUCAGCAGCAGACAAACUCCAGUUCUUAAAAACAUGGCCAUCUGCGUAAAGGACAUUUCUCCAAACCUACAGAGCUGCGAGCUGGUUCAGGACGGUUCGAGCACGUUUCGGUGCAAAGCAGAAGUGUUUCUCUCGCUCGAUUCGCUGGACUGCUUCACCUCCUGAGCGGAACCCGUCUCUCUCCCUCCCCGACCCAAAGUCUCUUCCAUUUCAGGAGUAUUUACAGCCAAGGCAGUGAGGCGCGCUGUUGACAUUGAAUGUUUACUUGAUUUACACCAGGGAUGUUCAGCGCUGCUCCUGAAGAUAUACUUUCCUGCAAAGUUUAGUUAUGUACCAAUAAUAAUCAUUUUCAUUAUGAGUGAUAUUUUAAAUCUAUCCACCUUAUUUCGAAGCAGCGAAAGUUCUGUGAAUGUGAGAGAGAUUCGAUUCAUUCGCUGUAAGAAAAAAGGCGGGAACGGGAAUAAUAAUAAUCAAGUAAACAGUAAAACAAUUUGUUCUACAAACCAGUAUGUUCAUAAUUACAACACAGCAUUAAAAUAAUAUGAGAAUAUAUGCAAGUUUGCAAUAUCAAGCAGCAUAAAGAGCCGCUAAAAAUAAUCGGAAGUCUUGCACAUUCAAAUUACAUAAUGGCAGCUCUUACAUAAGUUAAAAAUAAGUUGGACACGGUUUUGUGAUACACAAAAACCCCUUAUUCUUCUUAAAAUGAAAUUUGGUCAUCAAGACAUAAAAUGUACAGUAAAGAGAUUGAUUUUAGUUUAGUAUAUAGCAAAGCGAAGUCAAACCGAAUUCAAGUCACUCCCAGUGUGAACACACUUAGUUUCAGCUUUAUUUUGGAGGAAAAUAGAUCUUGGAGAGCAGUUCUGAGCACCCCCUGGUUCACACAAUGUGAAGUUUGCUGCUUUAAAUUUGUAAAUGGAAAAAUAGGAAAUCCACAGAAACAAAACAGAGAGGUAUUUUCUGUUCGAUUUGUUCUCCUCUGUGCCCACCCGUCUCCUGUACCAACUUCCAGAUGUAUUAAAUGUUCAUAAAAAGAGUUCACUGUUAUGAGCAAAAACUUUCAAAGAU